ACCAAAAGAUAGACAAGGAAGACAAUGAUAUUGACACCCUCACCCGCUUUUCAUUAUUUCCACCUACCACCCAACCCAACUGGAUAGACUCAAAAGGACGUUUUCAACCAAUCAACACUCCCCGUCCCCCAAUUCCUUCCUAAACCCUAAUCCUAAUUGAGCCCCAGAUCUCUAAUCACGAUUGGGGUUAGGGUUACGGUUUCUGUUUCUGUUAUGCAACCACCAAUUUCCUCCAUCUAUGGCUUCUUCAGCCGAUUCCUCCUCAAUAAUGGUAUGCAUAAACGAGGCAUUGACGGAUGAUGAGCUCCGGUCGGUGCUAGCAAAGCUGGAGAGCCAGAGGGACAAGGAGUCCUUCGGGUUGGUCUGCAAGAGGUGGCUUCAUUUGCAGAGCACGGAGAGGAAGAGGCUUUCGGCACGUGCUGGGCCUCAUAUGCUUCGCAGAAUGGCUGACAGGUUCUCCAGGCUUCAUGAACUGGACCUCUCCCAGUCCAUUUCGAGGUCCUUCUAUCCUGGUGUCAAUGACUCUGAUCUCCGUGUUAUUGCUCAUGGAUUUAAGUGCUUGAGAGUCCUUAAUUUGCAGAAUUGCAAAGGAAUUUCAGAUUCCGGUGUCCUUUUCAUUGGAUCUGGUCUUUCAUCACUAGAGUCCCUGGAUGUAUCUUAUUGCAGAAAGUUAACAGACAAAGGAUUAUCAGCUGUUGCCGAGGGCUGCUCUGACCUUCGGAGCCUUUAUCUUGCUGCCUGCAGAUUUGUUACUGAUGGAUUAUUGCGAGCCCUUUCAAAGAAUUGUCACUAUUUAGAAGAGUUGGGGCUCCAAGGUUGCACCAACAUAACUGACUCUGGACUUACUGAUCUUGUAAGUGGAUGUCAACAGAUCAAAUUUUUAGAUGUCAACAAAUGCAGUAAUAUUGGAGAUAUUGGAGUUUCCAGUGUUUCCAUGGCAUGCUCAUCUUCUCUGAAGACACUGAAGUUGUUGGAUUGCUACAAAAUCGGGGACGAGUCUAUCUUAUCGUUGGCCAGAUUCUGCAAAAAUCUUGAAACUCUAAUAAUUGGUGGCUGCCGGGACAUAUCUGAUGCAUCAAUAAAAUUGCUGGCUAUUUCUUGUAAGAGUAAUCUCAAGAACUUGCGGAUGGAUUGGUGUUUAAAUAUCACUGACUCUUCUUUGAGCUGCAUCCUUGCUCGGUGCAGAAACCUCAAGGCUCUUGACAUUGGGUGCUGUGAGGAGGUGACAGAUGCUGCCUUUCAGGGUUUAAAUGGUGGAGAAAAUGAGUUGAGUUUGAAAGUUUUAAAGGUCAGCAACUGCCCAAAAAUAACUGUGACAGGCAUAGGCAUGCUUUUGGACAAAUGCGACUCUCUAGAAUACCUGGAUGUGAGGUCAUGCCCACACAUUACAAAGGCAGGUUGUGAUGAAGCGGGAUUGCAGUUUUCUGAAUGUUGUAAAGUGAACUUCGCGGGGAGCUUAUGUGAGCCUGACGUGUUACUUUGAGAGUUGGCAUUCAGCCGAUGAAGAUUUAGAUUUGUGACGGGGAGUUCAAAGCAAGUGCUGCUCGCAAAAGCUUGAAAUUUGUUACUUUGAGAGCUGGCAUUCAGCCGAUCAAGAUUUGUGAGAUAAAUGUUGGCUUCUUGUGUAUUUAUCCCUCAGAAUACACAUUUGUAAAUUUAUCAUGUACAAAGUGGGGAGUCUCAUGUUUGGGUUUCCAACAAUUUCAUAUGUUCCUAAAAUCGGCAUUCAUUCUUUUCAGUUACUCUCAGUUCUGAAAGAAUGGAUUCCUCGUCGAGUUAGUUUCCAGGGUGUGGACACACUUGCUCGAAUAUCUUCCAUUGCUUUGUACUUUGGGCUAAACAAUGUUGUAUUUUUAUUUUUCAUUUUUCAUCUUUGGGAUCUGAUGGGGUGAAAUAAUUAAUGUUGUAAUUUGUUAUCUUAUCUGGAUUUGAAUCUCACAAUAAUAUUACUGUGUGGAGAAUUCUUUCUUUCUUA